AUGGCGGGCGGCGGGGCCGGGGACCUGGGACGGGGGGUGGCCGCCACGGUCGCGCCCGAGACCCGCGAGCACCUCUUCAAGGUGCUGGUCAUCGGCGAACUCGGAGUGGGCAAGACCAGCAUCAUCAAGCGCUAUGUCCACCAGCUCUUCUCCCAGCACUACCGGGCCACCAUCGGGGUGGACUUCGCGCUCAAGGUCCUUAACUGGGACAGCAGGACGCUGGUGCGCCUGCAGCUAUGGGACAUCGCGGGGCAGGAACGGUUUGGCAACAUGACCCGAGUCUACUAUAAAGAAGCUGUUGGUGCUUUCGUAGUCUUUGAUAUAUCAAGAGGUUCCACGUUUGAGGCCGUCUUAAAAUGGAAAAAUGAUCUUGAUAGUAAAGUCCAUCUUCCAAGUGGUGGCCCUAUUCCUGCUGUUCUCUUAGCUAAUAAAUGUGACCAGAGAAAGGAUGGUAGCCAGAAUCCUUCUCAGAUGGACCAGUUCUGCAAAGAACAUGGCUUCAGUGGAUGGUUUGAAACCUCUGCAAAGGAUAACAUCAACAUAGAUGAAGCAGCCCGGUUUCUGGUGGAGAACAUUCUUACGAACCACCAAAGCUUUCCUAAUGAAGAAAACGAUGUAGACAAAAUUAAACUGGAGCAGGAGGCCUUGCCAGCGGAGAGCAAGUCCCAGUGCUGCUGAUGCGGCCUCAGCUCCUCUCCUUGCUCACGCGGGCGAGGGGCGGCCUGACUGAAUUUCUCCAUUUGGAGCAAAUUCCUGAGAAUGGAUUAAGGUGGUGGAUGUGCUGCUCUGUGAAUCUUCCCAGGGCUGUGCUUUAAAACGACCACGAUGGCACCCGGGGAGCCUAAGCUGAAAUGGGGUGUCGCUGUGAUAGUCCUGACGGUGGCCGUGCACCUUGGAGCGAACACGUAGGCUUCUGUCGUUGUUGCCGUCGUAUAUUCAGGAUAAUGUUUACAUCCUUCUUAAUGUCUUCUCAAAUGACAGUGCUCAGGAUUUUGUAAGAGUUCCAAAUUGUAUCUCUUGUUGUAAGCACUGGGGUGGUAAUAAAA